AUGAACGCCGUCGCAAGAACACUAUCCAGCAAGUACGAAAUCAUCCUCGCGUCCUCUUCUCCCAGACGAUUCGAGAUCCUCACCGAACAGAUGGGCUUCAAAGACGUCAUCGUGAUGAAGCCCUCUUUCGAAGAAGACCUUGACAAGACGCUAUACCACAAAAAACCACUCCAGUACGUCCAGGACACAUGUCUGGGCAAGGCCCACAGCAUCGUGCACGAAUUGAAGCAGCAGCAAAACGACCAGCAUUCGAAACCAAAGCUCGUCAUUUGCGCCGAUACAGUCGUCAUCGACCAUACCGAUGAGAUAUACGAGAAACCAGUAUACAAAGAAACACAACUAAAAAACUUGCUAAAGUUUACGCAAUCGGGGAAACCGAUGCGCGUGGCUACUGCUGUCACUAUAAUCCGCUGGACCAGCGCCCAAGACCACCAAUUCGAGUCCUUCUACGAGGUCACCGAGGUUUUCUUUGACAAAGAGAUUCCUCGGACUUUGAUCGAGAUGUAUGUCGAGAGCGGCGACGGGUUGCAAGUCGCUGGAGGGUUCAAGGUCCAGGGGUUCAGCGGGUGCCUCAUUUCGGGCAUCAACGGUGACUACUACAACGUGGUGGGCCUGCCCUUGAACGCUACGUGGAAGCGGUUGCUGGCCUUCGAAUGA